GCACAGUUCUAGAAGUCAUGCCAUCUUUAUCAUUACAAUAGAAUGUAGUGAGAUGGGUGCAGAUGAAGAAAACCAUAUCAGAGUUGGUCGUCUUAAUUUAGUAGAUUUAGCGGGAAGUGAAAGACAGGAAAAAACAAAAUCUGAAGGUCAGAGGUUAAAAGAAGCUACAAAAAUCAACUUGUCAUUGUCAGCCUUGGGUAACGUGAUCUCAGCACUUGUUGAUGGCAAGAGUACACAUAUAUCUUACAGAGAUUCUAAACUCACGAGGUUAUUACAAGAUUCUCUGGGUGGAAAUGCCAAGACUGUGAUGGUUGCCAAUAUUGGACCUGCAGAUUAUAACUUUGAUGAAACCAUGAGUACCCUCAGAUAUGCAAAUAGAGCCAAGAAUAUCAAGAAUAAACCUAAGAUUAAUGAAGAUCCUAAAGAUGCAUUAUUGAGAGAAUUCCAAGAAGAAAUAGCCAGACUGAAAGCAAACCUAGCCGGGAAGGGAGGUCCAAAGAAAAAGAAGAGACGGAAGCAUGCUAGAAGGAACGAGAAUGGGGAGAUAAUCAGUGAUUCUGAAGGUGAUGAUGAUGAAGAUGAAGAAGAGGAAAGUAAUGAAGCAGACGCUGAGGCAUACAUGCAGGAACAACAAGCCAAACUAGAACAAGAGAAAGAGGCUAUCUUAAAUAACAAAAGCAUGAUUCAAACAGAAAAAGACAGAAUCUUGAAUGAGAUACAAGAGAAAGAGGGAAGGAUGAAGAAAGAGAAAGAGAAUAGGGACCAGUUAGAGUCUUAGAUUAAGGCUAUGGAGAGUAAGUUAUUGAUGGGUAACAUAGUGGAUCAUACAAACAAACAACAGAAGGCAUUAGAACAGAAAAGAAAGGAGAUUGCCCAACAAAUGCAAGUAGAGAGGGAAAUACAGAGAAAGUUAGAGGGGAAAGAGGAAUCUGCUGUAGAAUUAGAGGAAACAUACGUGUCUCUACAACAAGAAGUGGAGGUGAAAACAAAAAAACUGAAGAAGUUGUUCCCAAAGUUACAAGCUACGAAGCAAGAAAUCCAGGAUCUUCAGGAAGAACAUGUUAAAGAACGCCAGGAGCUAGAACAGGCCCAGAAUGAACUUACACGAGAGUUAAAGCUCAAAGUCCCCGGACUUAAACCCUAUUGAGAUGGUUUGGGCCAAAAUGAAACAAUAUGUCUAUAAACAGAACUGUACAACAUUGAACCAACUUCAAGAGGUUUUAUUGCAGUAUUGGGGAACUCAUCUUACAGUUGAACUUUGCAAUAGAUACAUAGAUCAUGUAUUCAAGGUAGCUCCCGUUUGUGUGUUAAUGAAAGGUGCGGCAACUGAGGAUGUGCCAAAGAAGAUUUUUCCUGAACCUUCCACGAACAAGUCGUUAGCCUAUUUCAAUGACAAGCUUAAAUUGCCGGAAAUGCAGGAAAAGUGCAAAAGACAUGGGUUUUGAAACCAAAUUACCUUAUUCUGAUUUGAAAUUGGCAUGAUUUGCUUCUGUCUAUGAGAGACUUUCAUGUCUUUCUCGGAACCACUCUCAGUUACAACCGCCUCGUCCACCGGACGCUGACUCCCCCACUGCACAUUGUAUGUGGCACCAACAGUUAUCUAGAACAUGUAAAAAGAUUUGUUUAAUGUUAUAUCUUAGUUAUAAAGACAUUGUAGUUUCAUAUAUAUAUAUUUAUAGAUAUACAUAUUGUCAAUCUUAGAAUCACCUGUUUAAUGUUAGACAAUAACUGGUAGAUUUUUGGUUGCGUAAACAUGCAGUCUCAGUCAAGUACUUCACUUAAUAAACAUUUUAGGUAUGCAUGUAUAAUUGGCCUUAUAUACAGUCAAUUUUGGUACGAUCAUUGUAAAAUUUCAUGCACAGAUGAAAUGAUCUUGCGACAUUAACGCACUUUCACAUUUAUUGUACAUUAUUACAUUUAUUAACACGACCCGCAAUUUUCCCUGUUGGGAUUCUAUAUAUUUACCGGACAAUCAGUUUAUCGAACAGAAGCUAUUCCUGUCAAAAGUUGUAGUUUCCUUGCUGAUUAUUUAAAGAUAAAUUUCAAUUCACGACUUAAAAAAUUUUGGAACACAAUGUCUGGUAAAUUAAGUUGUCUACAUGUUUUUUUUCUCUUCUAAUUCCCUACUUUAAAGACACAUUUCUACGGUCAAAGGUUUGAUAAAGUAAUGGUUACGUGUAUUAAGAACCCAAAAAUUAUUUUAAAUAAAAGUUACAGAUAAAAACAUCGUAUUUUGUCCGGUUAUAUGUAGGACCCCACAGUAUUGAACACAGAAGAACUGAAAGAGCGUAUUAUUAUGCAUUGAAACUAAGUACGGAAACAUUUAGCUUAAUUGUCAGAAACAGCAGCAUUUAUGUGUUGAUGUUGUGUUAAAAUCCAAAUCUGUUUGUCAUUCGGAUGCGCAAUAUUAUAUCACUCGGGGGCUACGCCCUCGUGAUAUAAUUCCUCGCAUCCGAACUCCAAACAGUGAUUUUGUUGAGCAAUAAAAUCAGUUGGGGAUGUAGUAAAUGAGGCAAUAUUUUUUUUAGAAACGGAACUUGUCCUGUCCCUAUUUUUUAAAUUCUAAAAGGGGUUUCACGAACCCAAAUGCCGUGAGUCAUUUAUCACAUCUAAUAGAAAAAAACAAACAAUUUUUGAUUUCACGACUUUGCUGAAAUAUUAAGUUAGAAGCAAAGAUAUCACUUGCAUUGACAAAUAGUUCACGUAAUUCAAGAAAAGUUUUUCUUUAGAAAAAAAAAAGAUUAAAAACUUUUUCUAUUAAUCAUUACGUCUUCAUGGUCAAGAUGAGAACAGGUUGACAUAAAGUUAAACUUUCAGAUAAGUGGAGGCUCUGAUAAGCUUCGUAUUUAUAGGAUAAAAUAAAUAAAAGAAUCUAAAACAAAAUCAUCGAAUAUAUAAGAAUCUAAAACAAAAUCAUCGAAUAUAUAAGAAUCUAAAACAAAAACAUCGAAUAAACAAUUCCGAGCAAAGAUAUAUAUGUUAAAACAGAAGUCACCUGUACACUGAAUAAGGUGCUAUUUCGGGAGUACCGGAGAACAGGUUUAAUUUCAUCUAAUGAUUUUGAAAAAAGUUGUUCUAAAGUUUUAUAUUUGUAUCAUUUUGGACAAUUACUUUAUAAAGCUUAUAAUGAGUAUGUGUAACAACAACAACAACAACAACACAUACUUUAAUUUUUGAAUCAUGUUACAUAAUGUAGAACAGUAUGACUAAAUACAAUAGUAUACAAAUGUGGGUUCUUAUUUUUUUUGGUUAAAUUGUUUAACAACAUGGGGACAGCUAUUCUCUCACCACUAGAAUACAUAACUUAUUGUUGCAUAUAUCAACACUUACACUUCCUAUCUUCAUAAGGGAGAAAUGAAUUACGCCACCUUCCCGUUUCAACGGGAAGCCCAGAAUUAAAUAUUUUAUUAAAAUAAUCGCAAUAUAUAGGAAUCAUAAGGUCUGUUGUACUUUUAAUAUAUUCAUUAUAUAUAUAAUCUUGCGGCGAGACAGCUUUAGAAGUGUUACUUUUAUCAAUCAUUUUCUUAAUUUCAAAUGAAGAAAUUCUGCGAUUUAAUAUCUCAUUAUUUUGCAAAUUAAUAUUUGACAUGUCAAAAAAGUCCUGUUCAAAAUUACUCUCUGAAUUUACCGUUUUAAAAUGAUCAUCGUAACACUUCUAUCGUAUAAUACCAUUCACAUUUUGUACCAUUAUAUUCAUAUUGUAUCGUAUAAUACCAUACACAUUUUGUACCAUUAUAUUCAUAUUGUAUCGUAUAAUCACAUACACAUUUUGUACCAUUAUAUUCAUAUUGUAUCGCAUAAUACCAUACACAUUUUGUACCAUUAUAUUCAUAUUGUAUC